GAGAUACAUGCAAGUGUAGACGUGUACAGAAAUGUUUUUAACGGUUAAAUACCAUCCGAUCUAGACACGAGGAUCUAUACUCACUUCACUUGCAACGAAUAAAACCGAACGGAGAGAUGAGAGGAGGGUGAUUCCGUAACGCUAGACGGAACAGCACCGGUGCCUUGGAAUAGAUAGAGUAGACCAGGGUGCGGCCGGGGCCGUACCGCACCGCACCGUCCCAAAUAAAUCCAUCCGUCCGUCCGGGCAUUACAGCAUCGCCCAACCACUCCUCCAGUCCCGUCCUCCCUCUCCCUCUCGAGCGAGCGAGCCAACCAAGGCGACAAAAAUCCAAGCUGCAGCGCACGCUCCAGCAAUCCGAACCCACCCAACCACCGCACGCUCCGCGGAUCCUCCUCGUGCCCCGCCCGCGAUCUGCCUCCGCGAGCCCAACCGCCCCUCGCCGGAGAUGCGCGCCUGGUGAUCCGGCGAGGAGGGGAGGGCCGAUGAGGUGCAAGCUCCACCCGUACGCGAACGCGCUGGGCGUCUGCGCGCCCUGCCUCCGCGACCGCCUCCUCGUGCUCGCCGCCGAGCGCGACCGGGCCGGGGCCGGGGCCAGCAGCGGCGCCGACUGCAGCAGCAGCAGCAGCCGGGGCAACUCGCCCCCGCGCGCGUCGCCCUUCGCCGCCGCUCCGGUGGCGCAGCAGCACCGGCGCUCCGACGCCUGCGCGUACACGUCGUCCCGCCACAGCCACAGCCACCGCCCCGAGCUCCUCUUCUUCAGCACGCCGCAGGUCGGCCCCGCCACCCGCGCCGCCGACGACGAGCCCCGGGAGAGCGAGCGGAAGAAGUCCUUCCACCGGAGGCGGUCCUUCCUCGCAACCCUCUUCGGCGGCGGGCGGCGCGGCGGCCGGGAGGAGGAGAGCGAGAGCAAGAAGGACUCGCCCCGGCGGUCCACCUCGUGGCUCUCCGCCAUAGUCCGGCGCAAGCGGAGGCCGGACGCGUCAUCCUCAUCUCUGCCGCGGCCGGUGGACGAGGAGCCGGAGUCCCCAGGAGGCAGCACGAGCAGCAGCUGGUGGUUCCCGUCGCCCUCCCCGGCCAGGCACCAUCACCACCCCCAGCGACGCGGCAGGCCGGGCGGAUCAGGCGCGAGCGGCGACGGGAUCUCGGGGUUCGCGGUGUGCCUGAGCCCGCUGGUCCGCCCCAGCACGGGCGGUCCUCGGCGGCGGUGCCAGCAGCCGGAGCCGUCGGCCCUGGGCGAGAGCCACCGGCGGCACCUGUCGGCCAGCAGCGCGGCGUCCUUCGGGCGCAACACCUCCCGGAAGCUGGCCGACAUGGGCAGGUUCCGGUGACGUGGCCGCCGCUCCGCUCCGGCCGGCAAACCGCCUCCUCUUUUCCCCCGUCGGAAAUCGUCACCUUGUCCUCCUCCCGCAAAAUUUGACCUUCUGCUGAUGCGCCGUGCGCUGUCACUGCUCGCUGAGAGACGACGAGAGAAAGAUAAUCAAAUGAAGCUGUUUUGUUUUUGAGUUUCUUGUUUGAACGGGGGCAGAGCAGUUCAGCUGCGGUAGCUUGUGUGAAUUACGACGAGACGACCUGGGCUGGGCUGGGGCUCACAGGUCACCUCAUUUCUUUUGUUUGAACGUGUGUUCUCUGACCUCUGACGCCUACGACUUCAAUUUUGUUCCGCUCUGCCCUCCCAUUUAUUUACGUGCGGCUGUAUCGCUUC